GCGAUCCUUCCCACACCAUAACACAAAAACGCCUCCGUUAUAGAUUUCACUGAGCAAUCUGCAACAGCAGGUUUUUGGAGAACGAGGCAUAAGAGCUCCAGAGGCGGAGAGGCGCGAGCGCACCACAACACACUGCUGAGAUUUUCCCGCAUUAACAUGGCGCGGUACAGGACGGUUACCUUGUCUCUCCUCUUGUUAUUGGAAUGCGGAUUCAUUUCCGCCUUCAACCUGGACACGGAGAAUGUGAUCAGGAAAACCGGGGAGCCGAACAGCUUGUUCGGGUUCUCACUCGCCCUGCACCGACAACUCAUUCCGUCUGAUAAAAGAAUGCUGCUCGUUGGUGCUCCCAGGGCGAAGAAACUGUCUAAUCAGAAGUCACAGAUAACAGGAGGUUUAUACAACUGUGAUAUCAACUCCGCCAGCUCUGCCUGCCAACGGGUUAAUUUCGACAAUGAUGAGAACCUGGCCCAGGAGAGCAAAGAUAACCAGUGGAUGGGUGUCACAGUGCAGAGUCAAGGACCCGGGGGCAAGAUUGUGACGUGUGCACAUCGCUACCAGAAGAGACAGUUUACCAAUACGGCGCAGGAGGCCCGCGACAUCACGGGCCGCUGCUACGUGCUCAGUCAGGAGCUGAAAAUCGACGAGAGCACUGGUGACGAGGGAGGAGACUGGAGCUUCUGCGAGGGCCGAAUCAGGGGUCACGAGCGGUUCGGCUCCUGCCAGCAAGGCCUCUCAGUUACCUUCACCAAGGACUACCAUUACAUAGUAUUUGGAGCACCCGGAGCCUUCAACUGGAAAGGCGUUGUACGCUUGGAGCAGAAGAACAACACGCUGCUGGAGAUGGGUUUCUAUGAUGAUGGACCAUUUGAGGUCAAAUACAGCACGCCUGAAGGACUCGACGAAGUGGCCGUCCCUGCUAACAGCUAUUUAGGAUUCUCUCUAGACUCUGGUAAGAUGCUGACUAAGAAAGGUCAGCUGACCGUGGUCGCCGGAGCACCGAGAGCCAAUCACAGUGGAGCCGUGGUUCUGUUGAAGAAGGAGUCAGAUACAGCUACGAAUAUGGUCACUGAGUAUAUCAUCGAAGGAGAGGGCCUAGCCUCGUCUUUUGGCUACGAACUUGCAGUGGUCGAUUUAAACGGAGAUGGAUGGCAAGAUCUUGUAGUUGGAGCUCCUCAGUUCUUUAUAAAGAAUGGUGACAUCGGUGGCGCUGUUUACGUCUACAUCAAUCAGAAUGGAGAUUGGGACAAGGCCAUCAAAACUAGAAUAGAUGGAGCCAAAAAUUCCAUGUUUGGGCUAGCUAUUGAAAACCUUGGUGACCUUAACCUGGAUGGAUUUAAUGAUGUGGCUGUUGGGGCUCCAUAUGAUGAUGAAGGAGCAGGAAGUGUCUACAUCUAUCACGGCUCAAGCGACGGCCUCAAAAAAGAACCUGCUCAGGUGCUGAAAGGAAGAAACCUGAACAUUAAGAUGUUUGGUUACUCCUUAGCUGGUAACAUGGAUUUAGACAACAACCAAUACCCAGACAUGGCCGUUGGAUCUCUCUCUGACACUGUGGUCGUGUACAGAACAAGGCCAGUGGUCAACAUAGAAAAGACGGUCACCACCACUCCGAAAGAGAUAGACCUCACUAAGAAGAACUGCGGUGACAGCAUUUGUCUUCAGGUGGAUAUCUGUUUCAAAUUCACCUCCAACUCCAAAAACUACAGCCCUUCCCUCAAAAUCAAAUACACCAUCCAGGUGGAGACGAAGAGGAAGAAGCUGGGACUUCCCUCUCGUGCCGUUUUCACCCCACUCGCCUCCACAGACACUGACUAUGAGAGCACAGGAGUCAUGGAGCUUAAAAAGCCGAAUGAGCAAAACUGCUUAAGAAAAACCCUCAAACUUCAGGAUAACUUAAAGGAUAAGCUGAGAGCCAUGCCCAUAGAGGUGAAUGUGGAGAUCCUGAAGCCGUCAAUAGGACGCAGGAAGAGACAAACGGCCCUCGCUGAGCUGAGUCCCAUCCUCGCUGCCAUCCAGCCAACCCUUACUGAGGUGAAUUUUGUGAAGGAGGGCUGUGGCAGUGACCUGAGGUGCCAGAGUAACUUGCAGCUGCAGUACAGAUUCUGCUCUCGAGAGAGCAACCAAGACAUCUUCAACCCACUGCCAGUUCAGAAUCAAGUGCCAGUCAUUUCACUCAGCCACCAGAAGGAGAUUGCCCUGGAGGUCACGGUGACCAAUAAGAAUGGAGAUGACGCAUACGAAUCACUUCUGACAGCAUCAUUCCCCAAGUCGCUUUCUUACUCCGCAAUUCGCACCAAGUCUGCUGACAAGCAGAUCUUCUGUCUGGCCAAUCAGAACGGAUCAAAAGCUGAUUGUGAACUGGGAAAUCCUUUCAAAAGAGACUCGGAAGUAGUAUUUUACAUAAUUCUGAGCACUGGUGGGAUUUCACUGGACACGACUGAAGUAGAAGUUACACUUGAUCUUAAAACGACGAGUGACCAGGCACCACAGACAGUGACAAAGAAAGCUGAUGUUGUAAUUGAGCUGCUGUUGUCGCUUUCUGGGGUGGCUAGGCCGUCUCAGCUGGAGUUCACUGGAAGUGUCUUAGGAGAGAGCGCUAUGAAGUCGGAAACUGAGAUCGGUAGCCAGAUUGACUAUGAAUUCAGGGUGAUAAACUUGGGAAAGCCUCUGAAGUCGUUCGGCACGGCAUUUCUGAACAUCGAGUGGCCCAAGAACACAGCUACAAAGAAAUGGCUGCUGUACCUAAUGGAAAUCACUACUACGGGUACGGAUAAUAUCAACUGCAGACCAGAUGAGGUCAACACGCUCAGUUUAAGUCAGGUUCCAUCACUGUCCAGGACCAAGCGUGAAGUUAAAGAUGGAGGUGAAAGCACAGGAAACGAAGGAGUUUUAUCAUCCCUGUUUUCUGACAAGAGGAAAUCUAAAGUCUUGACUUGUGAUGAUGGUGCAUCGUGUGUGACGCUAAAGUGUCCUCUUCAGGGAUUGGACAGCAACGGCAUCAUUGCACUGAGAGCUCGUCUGUGGAAUGGCACCUUCAUAGAGGACUUUGCUGAUAUGAGUUAUGUCGACAUAAUUGUGAAAGCGUCACUCAGUCUGGACUCUGCCCCCAAAAAUGUGUUGCUGAAAAAUAAAGAUACACAGGUACGAGUGACUGUAUUCCCAGUACGUAAGGCAGCACAAUACGGAGGUUUACCCUGGUGGAUCAUACUGGUGGCUAUAUUACUGGGCCUGCUCCUGCUUGGCUUAUUGGUCUUCCUACUCUGGAAGUGUGGAUUUUUCAAACGUUCCAAAUACAACAACAGCGUGCCAAGUUACAACGCCGUGAGGAUUAAGAAGGAAGAUCGGACACAUCCACCCGGGAAAGAGCAGCUGGCCUCGGUGGAAAAGAAACAGUGGAUGACUUCUUGGAACGAGAAUGAGAGCUACUCCUAGCCUUAUGCUACAUCAGCUGCUAAUGCACAUUAAUAUCCUGCUUUUUAAACAAACAAAACAAAACACAAACAAACCAAAGACACUUUCUCUAAGACAUUGAGUGCUUCAUCAUUGCACACCCCGAACUUCUGAUUGUAAAUAUGACAAUGACUAAAUGAAUUGUAAAAAACUGUAUUAUGUUUAGGGACUACUUCAAUAACGAUAAAUGAAACUGAUAAAUGAGAUAAGAAAAGAGAGAUGGAUAUUUUUUGGGUUUCUCUAUGCUCUCUAUGCAUCGAUCCUCACUUUUACAUAUAGGCAUGUGCCAAUCGUCUGUUAUACGAUGUAUAUCACAAUAUUCAACACACACAACACAAUCUCAUGGAAAUAUCAUCUCUGGAAGUUAAAUAUAUGAUGUGGCACAUUGUUGACAUUCCUUAAUAUGCACAGAAUCCACAGACAUUGUUAGCAAUCAAUGCUACAUGUAAUUACAGUGUAAUUGUAGUAGUAUUGAGGCUUUUUUUUGUAAUUUACCAACAUAUCUGUGGUAAAUGUUGAUAUUCCUGACAAUUUUAUCUAAUUUCCACUGUCCUUCUACCUUUAGGCUGUGUGUUGUGUGUGUGUGUGUAUACAAGACUUUUGGGCUACAUGCUAGCUAGGUAAACUUUAGCCUCAUUUCCAGGAAGUGCAAGCAGUCUGUUCCCUAGCAACAGGUUUCUCUCAGCUUUAACCUCUUGAACAAGCAUAUCGUGCUCAACUUCCAAUAUCAAAACCACAAAUUCACAGCACACCACUUGUAUACUUCUCUGUAAAGAAAAUAAUUCUGCAUUUCUAGUGAUAAAUUGGUCAUAUUUUAAAUAGAAUAUUCUGAUAUCAUAAACCAUGAUAAAGUUUUGCAGUUAUUGUGCAAAAUUUUAGAAAUCUAAUAUUGGCACAUGCCUAGGUCUGUAUAUACUAAUUGUGUUCAGAGAACUGGUAUUUAUUCUCUGAUUCUCACAAGCAAGCCAAAGAUUCUUCAUGACUUUUUUUUUUUGUGAGUACUUUUUUGGCUAGAUUUCUAACUCCUAAAUUUCUAAAGUUCUCCAUCCUUACCAGCUUUUUUUUAAUUAUUUUUUUUUUAAUUAAAACAAACUUUUUCAGUUUUACGCAGAACCAUUUGGACGAAUGUAAAUAUUUGUGGGUUUUUUAACCGUUAUUUACUUCUUAAUGCUUGUUUUGUAAAAUAGGUUUUUUUUUUAAUUAUUUUAUGAAUUGUGAAGAUUGGUACUGAGUUCACUUUCACAUUGACGUAUGUAUAGUCGUUUACUGAUUUCACACAGAUCAUCAUUUCAGGGUUUACUGUAAACAUACAAGGGCUGAAAUUUGUUCAUGCAAUCUGGCACCUUUUUAUAUAAAAGUAUUAUGUAUUUACAUAGGUUGACUUGAAGAUAUGGAUAAUGGAAAAGGAAAGUCAGUCAUAUUUUUGGUUUCAAAAUACAUAAUGAGAGGUUAUUAUUGUUCAAAAAUAGUUGUUAUUGAGGGAGAAAAAACAACAUCCCACAAUUAAAAACAACAUAACUCCUGAGUCUGGUGCAAACAUAUUAUUGUCCAAUAAAACAAAAUGAAGAGGA